ACAGAACUCCCUUGGCAAGACCUCAGUCGUCUUUAAGAGUUCGUUCACGAAGGUGAUCAUCGACUGCGAAAAUCUUCACUUUAUACGAAUUCAACGAAGACGAUCAUGAAGUCUUUAGGACCAUGCCUUCUUAUUCUUCCGGUGGUUAUAUUAUGGGGUACAACAUUGGCUCUUCAACGACCUCCACCGAGAUAUUCUCAGCAAUACAUGCCGGAAACUGCGUUUACAUGUCGUAACAAAAUAGUUGGUAGCUAUUAUGCUGAUCCAGAAACAGAUUGUCAAGUUUUUCACGUUUGCGUUUCUGUAUCUGGCAGUAUCCAAGAUUAUAAGUUUUUAUGUCCAAAUGAUACUGCUUUCGAUCAAGAGAGUCAAACGUGUGCAGAUUGGUAUGACGUAGAUUGCGAAGCUGCGACUCUUUAUUACGCCAGCGAUAAUUUUGAUUUGUAUAGACUUGGUUCAGGAUUAGAAUCUCCACAUUACGAUACAAUACGUAGCGAUGAUGAACCUCAAGAUAAUCUUCAACGAAGUGAAAGCAAUGAUCCAGUGCGAUCAUCAGCAAAUGCACUCAAUAGAGUUUCUUCUGCUAAUUAUAACAACAACAACAAUAAUCGAGAAGUUUUACAUAGUAAUAGCAAAGUUGGUUUUUAUAACCAUAGGACAAAUAAAGAGGAUAAUUAUGAUAACGAAAGAUCUUACAAAGAUGAAACAGUGACUACAGAGAAAAAGAAGACGGGUAUCAGAAAGGUGAGUAGGAAACAACCCUACAAUGGAAACACCAACGAUUAUCCUGUAUCAAGCACGGCUAUAUCAUCGACUUAUAAUAGUCAGAAUAAUUAUAAUGGAAAUUUUUUCAAUAACAAUAACAAUAACAACAACAACAACAACAACAACAACAACAACAACAACAACAAUAACAAUUACAAUCAACGAUCGACUACCUCCGGUUCAUCUUCCACAAUUCGACCUCAAGAGAGCUACAACAGGAAUCAGAAUAUUCAAAAAUAUACCGUGACUGCGUCCUCGACUUAUCGACCUAACACGAAUUAUCAAGAUUCUUACAGCAGUUACCAACCAUCAAGUUCUACCGCCAAGGCAACGGUUUACAAUACUUACAACACGAACAACAAUUACAAUCAGGAUAAUUCAGGAUCUUAUACACCUAGCACUACAUUAAGGACAACGAAUUACAAUGGUAAUGGCAACAGAAAUGGAUAUCAACCUUACAAUGGUGGACAGUUCACACAGUCCAGUACUGCAUUACCUAGCACGAAUUAUCAAGCGAGUGAUUAUACAAAUUAUCAGAAAAAUUAUAACGUCCAACGUGCUAACGGUAAUAAUGGAGGAUACCGUCAAUCAACAACUAUUGCUGCUACAGUCUAUGACAAUAAUUAUGGUAGUGCUAGCGAACAGUAUAGAAAUGGGCAUAGUUCCACUACAUCAGAAAUAAGUCAGACCACCUCGAAAUAUUUCACAAAUUAUGCAGGAAGCAGUUACGCUCCAACUACCUAUAGUCCACCAACGAAAAAGUAUGUUCAUACGGACAACAGUCCGGCACAAUCGGUUUCUCGAAGCAACGAUCGCUAUAACAGUCAACAAUCAUCGGAUAACAAUCAGUAUUACGAAAAGAACGAGCAGUCAAUCAAAUCUUCUACUCAAUAUUAUGACAGUACAAAAACGUCAAAAAAGGGAACGCAGUACAACAAUUAUGAGAGCUCGAACAGUGGCAAAUAUUAUAUUGAGACUAGUACAGAUAAUUACGAUUUCGGAAGAGCUUCAGUAGGUAUAGGUUUCAGUCCUGCGAGUAUAAAUCAUUUGGCUGAGACACCCAGAUCUACGACACCUGUUCCUAGGAGACAAGCUAGUGCAACCACGUAUAAUCCAAACAGCUUCAGCAGUAACGCUCAAAAGUCAUCGUCAAUAAAUACAACUCCUCGAAGUAGCACGUAUGUCAGUGGAUCGGCUAGACCUUUCACAUCCACUACCAGAUUUGUUAGCAGUUCAACUGCUCGAUCAAAAUCAGGGAAAAAAAAUGAUUAUGAUUACGCAUACUAUGAUAAUGCUGGAGCUCCUGAAUACGAUGGUAUUGAACUUGAACAAGUCACUGGGAAUAAGGAAUCAUCGAAACUAUCGAGAAAUUGAUCAAAUUUUCUCGUAGUAGUCUACUUCGAAAGUCUUCGAAAGUCUUUCAAAGUUGGUCGUUAGGGAGCGUUUUUAAUUGAAGGAUUUAAAUAAUCAGUUUUUGAUGUGGCUUCCUUAUUAGAAAAGAGAUUAUUGAAAAGAAGGCAAUAUCGAAAACUGAUUGGAAAUCGUAAACCAUAUUUAACAGCUUCGAUUCGAUAAUAUGAAUCUCUUAUUUACUAUUAUUAAUUAAUUAUUAUUGCUGAUAUUCGCAUACUAUUGUUUAUCAUCUUUGUCAGUAUUAUGAAAUAUUAGUAAGCAGGCGACAGUAUUUAAAAGUUGUUUUUAAUUAAAAAAAAAGUUAUAUAAAUUUUUCACUAUUAUUGCACUCGGAUAUUUGCAUGAUAGUAAACGUUUCUGUAUUUGUUUUGAAAUGUUUUAGAGAUUAAUAUAUUUUAUAUAUUUUUGUAAAUAUAUGAAUGUUUAUUCAAAGAAAUACGCAUAAAAUACUAUGAAUUCAUAGAAAAAAUGAAUUCAUUCAUAACAGCCUAAGUAUACGUAUAGAUCUUGUAUACUAAAAAUGCUUGUGUAAUAAGUUUUUGAUUAAAAAAUAUAUUAUUAA